GGGCGGUCCGGCCGUGGGUGAGCGCGGGCGCGCACUCGGGCGGUGCGCGGAGCGGGCGGUGCGCGGAGCGGGCGGUGCCGGCGCGGCGUCCCCGGGCCGGGGCUGAUUUCACGCAGUUGCCUGUGACAGCUCCUAUUGAGUAAACUGAGACUGGAACAUCUUGUAUCAGCUCUUGUACCUGUACCUGCCACGAUGAGAAGUUGCAUAAGAUCUUUUUGGAUCCCUGUCUAGCUGAUCCAUGUUUCCAAAUUCUCUCUUGUAACAUUCUCAAGCAGCCAAAAUGAAGUUGAAGCAUAACAUCAACCCUGUUCUUCUACAGUUCAUAAACUUUAUCGUCCUGGUGUAUUCCCUUAUAACGUACAUUCCGUGGUACAUACUUUCAGGAUCAAAGCAGGCUAUAGCAAAAGCCAAGCAGGUUAAAGCCAGACCUGUGAAUAACAAGCCUGGGGGUGCAUACAGAUCUGUUAACAGUCUGCAUUGCUUAGCUUCAGUUUUAUAUCCUGGAUGUGAUACACUCGACAAAGUUUUUAAAUAUGCUAAAACUAAAUAUAAGGACAAAAAACUCUUGGGAACACGGGAAAUCCUAAAAGAGGAAGAUGAAAUCCAGCCAUCAGGAAAAGUUUUUAAAAAGGUCAUCCUUGGCAAGUACACCUGGCUUUCUUAUGAAGAUGUGUACAUUAAAGCUGUUAAUUUUGGAAACGGCUUAGCAGUCUUGGGUCAGCAGCCAAAGACUAACAUUGCCAUCUUCUGUGAGACCAGAGCCGAGUGGAUGAUUGCAGCCCAGGCCUGCUUUAUGUGCAACUACCAGCUUGUUACUCUGUAUGCCACUCUGGGAGGCCCAGCAAUAGUUCAUGGGCUGAAUGAAACAGAGGUGACCACCAUCAUUACUAGUAAAGAAUUGAUGCAAACAAAAUUGAAGGAAAUUGUUUCUCAAGUUCCACUGCUGCAACACAUAAUUACAGUGGAUGGCAAACCCACAACGUGGUCAGAGUUCCCCAAGGGUGUCAUUGUUCACACCAUGGCAUCUGUGCAAGCCAUGGGGGCCAAGGCAGACACUGGAAACAAACAGCCAUCCAGGCCUGUGCCCUCGGAUAUUGCAGUGAUCAUGUACACAAGUGGAUCUACAGGAAUUCCCAAAGGAGUUAUGAUCUCCCAUUGCAACAUAAUUGCUGGGAUAACUGGAAUGGCUGAGAGGAUCCCAAAUCUGGGGGAAAAGGACAUUUAUAUUGGGUACCUGCCUCUUGCCCAUGUUCUGGAGCUGAGUGCUGAGCUUGUGUGUCUGUCUCACGGGUGCCGCAUCGGUUACUCUUCCCCUCAGACCCUGGCUGACCAGUCCUCUAAAAUAAAGAAAGGAAGCAAAGGGGAUGUUACCACACUUAAGCCAACUCUAAUGGCAGCUGUUCCGGAAAUCAUGGAUCGAAUCUACAAAAACGUCAUGAAUAAAGUGAAUGAAAUGACCAGUUUCCAGCGGAAUCUAUUUAUAUUGGCCUACAACUACAAAAUGGAACAGAUUUCCAAAGGUUACACUACCCCACUCUGUGAUAGCCUUAUCUUCCGCAAGGUGCGGAUGCUGCUGGGCGGGAAGAUCCGCCUCCUGCUGUGCGGCGGCGCCCCGCUGUCGGCGGCCACGCAGCGCUUCAUGAACAUCUGCUUCUGCUGCCCUGUGGGGCAGGGCUACGGCCUCACCGAGUCGGCUGGGGCUGGCACCAUCAUGGAAGUUUGGGACUACACUACAGGAAGAGUGGGAGCACCUUUGGUCUGUUGUGAAAUCAAGUUAAUGAACUGGGAAGAAGGUGGAUAUUACAACACUGAUAAACCAUAUCCUAGAGGUGAGAUCCUUAUUGGAGGGCAGAAUGUGACUGUGGGCUACUACAAAAAUGAAGCACGAACCAGAAAAGAUUUCACUGUUGAUGAGAAUGGGCAGAGGUGGCUCCAUACUGGAGACAUUGGAGAGUUUCAUCAUGAUGGGUGUCUAAAAAUUAUUGAUCGCAAAAAGGAUCUUGUAAAACUGCAGGCAGGAGAAUAUGUUUCUCUUGGCAAAGUAGAAGCAGCUCUGAAGAAUCUCCCACUGGUAGAUAAUAUUUGUGCAUAUGCAAGCAGUUUCCAUUCUUAUGUCAUUGGAUUUGUUGUGCCAAAUCAAAAGGAGCUCGCAGAACUAGCCCGAAAAAAAGGAUUCAAAGGAAGCUGGGAAGAGAUCUGUAACAGUCCUGAGAUGGAAAAAGAGGUACUGAAGGUGCUAGCUGAGGCUGCCAUGGCAGCGAAUCUGGAGAAGUUUGAAAUACCAGUAAAAAUCCGUUUGAGCCCUGAUCCUUGGACCCCAGAGACUGGUUUGGUGACAGAUGCGUUCAAACUAAAACGCAAAGAGCUCACGGCGUUCUAUCAAAUGGACAUUGAUCGAAUGUAUGGCAAAAACGUAAAAUAAUCCUCCUCUGCACCACUUUGCUACGAUGAGCUUGGAUCAAAUAGGAAAUACUUGAAUUGCCUGUCUCAACUCAAUGCUUGAGAUCAACACACAAAACCACCAUUCCUCAUUUCCAGCUUAAACUGUUCUUUCUAAUGGCAUCACCAUGAUGACUGUCACGUUUAGUAAAAUGUUAUGGCAGCAAACUUGUGUCUGUCUCCUUUUUUCCAGUUUUCUCUGCUACCUUGUCAGUCUGUGGAUUUUCCCAGGUCUUUUUGGGAAACCAUGAUUCUGAAGCCUCAAGUUUUUAAACAUUUAUAAAUCCUGUAUAAUGUUUUAUUUGUAUCUUUAAAAUUUGGAUGUAUAUAGAGAGAACUUGGCUAUGUAAGAAAUGGUUAUACUGGGGGCCUUUUUUUACCUAAUUAUUUAAAGAUAAGAAGGUAUUGAUGUUGUGACAUUAUGUACAUUGAAAAUGCUUGUAACAAGGUAAUUGUUGAACAGAGGACCAGGUUAUUUGCUGCUGUGCUAUUUUUCUGUGUAAAUCUGAGAGAGAAAAUGUUUGACAUUCCAGCUUGUGUAAUACACCUUCAAUAUGUGCCUAAUGGUUACUUUUAUUUUUAUCUGAAAAUGGAAGGAUGGUCAUGGCACAGCUCUGCCUCAAGGCAGGUACUCUUGCAGGUGUUAGUUAAAGCUCCUUUAAUACAGAAGAUGCUAUUAACACAGCAGAAGUUAAACCUAAGAAUAAUCUCUCAGAUGCAGAAACUCCUUUUUUAAAUAACUCGUGACCAUUUCAUCCAGAGUUGAAUUGUGUAGUGCUAAUGUGAACUCUUAUCAUUAAUUUUUCCUAACACUUUACAAGCUUGACAGUGUUCUUUUAGCAGAGGGACUGUAGCAAUCUUUGUCUUUUCUCAUUAGGUUUGGACAUUACACUGGGUUUGCUCUUUUGUUGUUUGUGAAGGUUUGACAAGACCCUUGCUCUGCCCUAGCUGCAACCCACAUCUUCCUGGGGGGGAUUUUUAAAGUCAUAAUGACAGUUAUGUUCUCAGCUCACACAGUGCCUAGCUGCCCUUUGUGCCAUUAAAAAUCUCCCUUUGAUUCUCUGUUCUUUUGUGCAGUACUUUUUGCUUUAAAAACAGAUAUUUGAAGCAUUUGUCAGAGUUAUUUAUGUUGCUUGGUUUGUUACACCCAACUCUUACUUUGGGAAGGAGUCUUAAUUUCUGUUUCAGUAGAGAUUCAGGGAUAUCGUUUGAAAAAACAUGGGGGCUCUUCUUCAGUGAGAGUGUUCAGAUUUUUUUCAGAUGUGAAUUUUCUUUUCAAAGUAUUUCUGGAAAGAAUAAUCAGGGUUACAUGAGAAUGUGAAACGGCAUGCAUCAGUCAAUGUUGUGAUGGAGUAAAUAUUAAAAUGGCUUUAAUUUGGAGAUUACUCUCGUGUAUCAUUUACUUGUAGUAAUAAAACUCAAGGUCCUGAUGCUCACUCUAGUCCCCUGCUAUGGCAGCACAUAGCAAUGCUGAGGGGCAGAAGCUUAGUUUGGGAGAGGGAGUUCCUGCUGUUUGUCUUUGUGACAUGAGGUUUUGGGAGGUCUUUGAUAUGCAAAUUCUCAUGCUAUAAACCUCUGAAGUAUUUUUUUUUAAUUUAUGCUCUCCCUUGAUUAUCGAAAGCAGAUUCAUAGUAGUUGAAGGUUAUCAAGCAGGUUCCCUGUACUUGAGUUUUGAUGAAAUUAUGAGGUGGUCUAUGCUAAUUAAGGAUUUCUGCUGCUGCUGUCCACGAAAAACUGUUAACAUUUGGUAAAUUUUGGUGUAAGUAAUCAAAUGGAAACAGAAGCAACAAAAAGAAAUUGGGACCAUAUAUUUUUGAGAUUACUGCCUUUAGAUAUCCAGAUCAUAAAUGAAAACCGUGUGGCAAAUAGAGAUAAGACAAAUGUUGAAAAAUGAUUGAAGAAUCCAGAUGUGGAAAAAUUGCCAAGGCUGUAGGGAAGUGUCACACCCUGUAUUAGACAUUACUAACACUUAAAUUUGUAUCUGUGCUCCCUCAACAGGUUCUUAAAUAGAACUCAACACAGCCUGUACAUUGUUCAAAUAUUUUUGUGAUUUUUAGUGAAAAUUAAUAAAUUGCUGAAGUACUAUGUAUAUCACUUGGUGCAUUGUGUAGCAGAUUUAAGAAAAUCUGCUUUUGGUUAAACAAAUCUGAAGUUAGUAUUUUGUUCUGCUAAGGGUUUGAAUUCCCUUUGGAGAAGCUGCAUAAAUGAAACUUUUAAAAUGGUUUGGAAAUAGUAGUUUUAAAUUUUUUUUACUAAUCCAGUCACAAGAUGGGGUUGCAGUCUAACUGUGCAUUUGAUUUUAUAGUUCAGGUUUGUUUAUGUUUAAAAUGGCUGUGAUAUAUGUAGUUCCUCCUUCAAUAGGCAUCAGAUUCAUUGUGGACAUUUAUUCUACAGAAUGUGAAAACAAAGCAGUUCAUUACAUUUAGUCUCAGCACUGGAGAUAGAAAGACUUUUAAAAAUCUUUGUGAUGAGUAUUGGUUUUUUUCUUUGAUUUAUAACAAAAGACAGACUCAACUACUGCUGGAUUGUGAGUACUUCCAAGUCCCAUUGAGGCCUCUUGUCCUGUGGGUGCUGGGCAGUGACGGGGUCUGUAAUGGGAUGUCCAGUCAGGCUGCAGUUCAGGUGUGGGCCUCCCUCCCUCCCCUGGUCCUGGUCCUGCGGGCUGCCAGGUCCUUCUGGCUGCCACCCUGUGCUCUUGCAUUGCUGAGCACAAGGACAACUUCAGAGGGAUUUGUUCCAACCCUGCAGAGGUGCACUGCUUGCCAGCUGGGAAUCUCCCUCCAUUUUUUCUUUUUUUUUUUUGGUUUGUCUUCCCAUGCCCUGUGUCACAAGAACAAAAGUUCCUGCUGGCGUGCACUGCACGUGUCCCAAAGGCUGUGGGCAACUGUACAGGAACUGAGAAGUGCAUGUUUGGAAGGAAUGGUCUCUGUCACGUGUGGAUCUUGUAAUGCAAAGAGCCGUAACUAAACAAUCUGAGUUCAAACUAAGAGCAAGGGGCAUAUACCUCACCUGAAGGGCCCCCAAAAGAGGGGUAUUUUUAACAAAACUUUUGUAAAUACAAACUUACCAGGUCUCUGAAUCAUUGGAAGUUGUAACUACUUACUCUGUUGUGAAAAUCCAUGUAUUUCAUUAUUAAAAUGGUUGACCAAGAAAUUCCAGGGAUGCUGUGAAUAUCCUUUAAGUUCCACAAUUCUUUAAAAAAAUUUCAGGACUUCAGGCUAUCAUUCAAGCUAGAUGUGUUGUUUGCAGAGCAUGGUGUUUCUGGACUAGGUGAGAAAUUCAAAAGUUAUGUGUCAGAAAAGACAGUGCAAGUUUGCUGCUGCUGCAGGUCUCAGAGGCAGGAGCACACCUCAGUGGGGAGCUGUGGCUGAGCGCUGAAAGAUUCUGCUGACAUGGAAGUGAAGAGCAAUGUGUGACUGGAGCUAAGAACGUAACGCAUACCUACAUCCCACUGCUUUACAGACAGGAUGCAGAGAAGGGUAUGGAACCAAAACCACAGAUUAGGAACACCCCGUAAAGCUCGUAAAGUUAUGCAGGAAUUGCUAUAGGACAUAAAACUCCUUUGCAAUAACCUUUGUCCUGCUAAAAUUCACAAACUUUUUAUUCUGUACUAAAACUACAUUUAGGCGAUGCAAUGCAGCAUUUUUAAUUUUUAUUACUGUGGUGUAUUACUUUGGAUGCAGUAUAAAAUGGUGUACAUCUGUUUCUUUACUGGCAAGAGGAACAAUUUUCAACUUGCCUACACCUUGGACCAGGCUGAAAUGUUAAUUGAAUGACCAGUUGUAUAUUGUUGUAAUGGGUUAUUUAAUGUAAACUCAUUUUCAGUGUGAUCUUGGUUGUUACUAUGAAAUGCCUGAACAUUGUAUAUCCUAAUUGAGUUAUAUUGUAUGAAUUAUUUAUUUGUAAUUGGAUAUCAUGUUUCAAAAAUAAAACUAAUUUCACAAA